GCGGCCGGCUGGAGGUGGUGCCUGCCGGGUCAGGGGCGCCGCGCCCCGGGAUAUCCGCUCUAUGGUGCGCAGGUGCUGCGGCCGCCGGCGGACGCGUCUUCGGGAUGGAGCACAUCCGUACGACCAAGGUUGAGCAAGUGAAAUUGCUCGACCGAUUCAGUACGAGCAACAAGUCGUUAACAGGAACCCUGUAUCUCACGGCCACACAUCUGCUGUUUAUAGACUCUCAUCAGAAAGAAACCUGGAUACUGCACCACCAUAUUGCCUUGGUGGAGAAACUAGCUCUCACGACUUCUGGAUGCCCUCUUGUGAUCCAGUGCAAGAACUUCCGGACUGUGCAUUUCAUUGUUCCCAGAGAAAGAGACUGCCACGAUAUUUACAACUCUUUGCUACAGCUGUCAAAACAAGCAAAAUAUGAAGAUCUCUAUGCAUUCUCCUAUAAUCCCAAACAAAAUGAUUCAGAAAGGCUGCGAGGUUGGCAGCUCGUCGACCUCGCUGAAGAGUAUAAGAGGAUGGGCGUGCCGAAUUCCAACUGGCAGCUGUCCGACGCCAACCGCGACUACAAGAUUUGUGAAACUUAUCCCAGAGAACUUUAUGUUCCCCGAAUAGCAAGCAAACCAAUCAUUGUUGGUAGUUCCAAGUUCCGGAGCAAGGGAAGGUUCCCAGUUCUUUCCUACUAUCAUCAAAAUAAGGAGGCUGCCAUUUGUCGAUGUAGUCAGCCACUGUCAGGAUUCAGUGCCCGGUGCCUGGAGGAUGAACACUUGCUUCAGGCCAUCAGCAAAGCCAACCCAGCCAACCGCUACAUGUAUGUCAUGGACACCAGGCCCAGACAUCGCAUGCAGAGCUGGUGGGCUACACAAAAGGACAUUGGCAGAAUUAUAGUGAGAAUUUCUUCAAAAAUCUGGAAUGAUGAGAAAAUAAGAGAAAGCGAUGGGAAAAAGCGACUGAAUGCAAUGGCCAACAGAGCAGCUGGAAAAGGUUAUGAAAAUGAAGACAACUAUUCUAAUAUUAGAUUUCAGUUUGUUGGAAUUGAAAAUAUUCAUGUCAUGCGGUCCAGCCUUCAGAAAUUAUUGGAAGUCAAUGGUACCAAAGGGCUUUCCGUCAGUGAUUUCUACUCGGGUCUGGAGAACGCAGGAUGGCUGCGCCACAUCAAAGCCGUUAUGGACGCUGCAAUCUUCUUAGCCAAAGCAAUAAUGGUUGAAAAUGCAAGUGUGUUGGUACAUUGCUCUGAUGGCUGGGACAGGACUUCCCAGGUCUGUUCCCUGGGCUCUCUCUUAUUGGAUCCCUACUACAGGACAAUCAGAGGAUUCAUGGUUUUAAUAGAAAAAGAUUGGAUCUCCUUUGGACAUAAAUAUUCGGAGAGGUGUGGCCAUUUGGAUGGUGACCCAAAGGAAGUUUCACCGGUGUUUACUCAGUUCUUGGAAUGUGUGUGGCAUUUGACUGAACAGUUUCCACAAGCCUUCGAAUUCAAUGAAGCGUUUCUUCUUCAGAUCCAUGAACAUAUUCAUUCAUGCCAAUUUGGAAACUUUAUUGGAAAUUGUCAGAAGGAAAGAGAAGAACUCAAAUCUUCGUGUUUUUCUCAUCCCAUUAGGUUAAAGGAGAAGACUUACUCCCUGUGGCCGUUUCUGUUGGACGACCAGGAGAAGUACUUCAAUCCUCUCUACAGUUCCACGUCUCAGAAACUGGCGGUUUUGGAGCCAAAUACAGUAUCUUUCAAUUUCAAGUUUUGGAGAAACAUGUACCACCAAUUUGAUCGAACAUUGCAUCCUAGGCAGUCUGUGUUUAAUAUAAUUAUGAAUAUGAAUGAGCAAAAUAAGCAGUUACAGAAAGAUGUUAAAGACUUAGAAUCUCAAAUUAAGCAACAUAAAAAUAAGCAGACAGAUGGAGUUCUCACCAAGGAAUUGUUAAAUUCAGUUCGUCCUGAAUCACCUGCCCUCAAAACCUCCUUGUGUCUCAAGGAGCAGACUCUGCUGCCUGUGAAUGAUGCUCUCCGAACUAUAGAGGGCAGCAACCCCGCAGAUAACCGCUACAGCGAGUACGCGGACGAGUUUUCCAAAGCGGAGCCUGCUGUGGUCAGCUCGGAGUAUGGCGUGGCCAGAAUGACGUGUUAGGCUCAGAGAGAGUUUUCUGGCUGCCUGCGGUGCGAGAAGUGGAUUAUUGUGAGGAUGGUCUGUGUGCGUGACCCAAGGAAUUUGCCUAGUGAUGACCUUAGAGUUUACCAGUAGGUUGAUAGUUGAAGUCAGGAUGCUAACUGCUCUUGUGAGAGAAGGCAGUUUAGCUGCAUUUCUAGCAAGAAAUGAAUGACCUUCAGCUCUUUAAGAAGCUUACUGCAGAUGCAGUUUGUACUGUACACUAGUGAACUGACAUGUCUAUGAUUUACAUGUUAAUUACAGUCAAAUAGGAAUAGCCUUCCAUAAGUAUGAUUUGACUGCCAGAAAACAAAAGUGACAAAGUGGUCCCUUACUUAAUAAUUGACAUGGCAUGUACUUUCAAUUGUGUAACUAUGAAUAUUUGCAAAUUUUGCCUAUUAGUGGUGUUUAUUGUUGAAAUGCCAUGAAAAAUAUUUCUAAGGAAGCCUUAAAGUCUCAGUUUAUUCAUUACACCACUCUUGAGUUUUAGAGCCUAGAGCAAGGUGGUUGGUUGUGUGUUUCCCUUGGUCGGUCCGGUUGUGUCUGUGAGCAGCUGCCCUGGCCCCCGCAGGAGCUGCACGCUGCAGUGCCCCUGUGGAAACAACACGGUGGUCGAAGGACACUGCCAAGCCCAUGUUUGGCUGGUCCCACUUUCGUGGUCAAAAUUAACGAAACCGACGGUUUUGUUCUGCUUAUAAUUUGUUUAGUGCUACAUUUGACGACUUAUUAUUUACGACUUACCCUGUUGAUCUCUUGUCUAUGUGUAAGCACAUUUGACUGUCCUAUAUGAAUGGAUUACUGCAUCCUGUUGGUUCUUGUUCUGUGGUUGGCUUUAUUCCUUUGAUAAGUAUGGAAGUUUACGAAGCUAAAGCCCUAAACUGUUCUUAGAGACAAUGAAUAGUACAUAUAUGUAUAUUUUUAAACUGUUUUCUCUCUCAGUGAAUUGUUCUUCCUAGAAGAAACUUUCAAUUUACCCAAGAAUUUUGGGGUCAAAAAAAGGGAAUACGGAUAGUUUAGAUUUUGCUUGGUUGCAUGAAUUUUUCUCUGUGAAACAUUUUUUUCUUCUCUGUUAACAUAGAAGAAAAAAGAAAAAAAAGGAAAAUUAAGGCUAGCCUAAUACAAAGUUAAUGUUUAACAAAAAAACUUAAAUGCUAGGAAGAGUUUCAUUUUGCCACGUUAUUGAUAACUUUAUUCUCUGUACUAGUACAUAUUAUUAAAGCACCAAAAAAAAAAAAUAGAAAAGAAAGAAAGAAAAUGACUUUCAGUUGACGGAGCACCCAGCUGGCUUUAAAAUGGACAACUUAACAUGGGUGGCACAAGAUAUGAUUGAAGGGUACUAGGAAAUCUGCAUAGGAUCCCUUAUGCUUCUUUUUAUUACACCUACAUCUGUUAUAUUAAUUUUGAACAUAAAUAACUUUUUCAAAUGGAAAAAAAGGCUUUAUUGUAUGAGCUUAUCCUAUUUAUUUUUCCAAUGCUUUUCUGUAAUGCAUUAUGUAAUAAGAAAAAUACUUCUUUUUAAACAGUGAUGGAAAUGCACUAUAAAGUAGAGUUUGUGAUUUAGCCAUGUCUAUUUCCAUAUUUAAGCACUGGGACGAGAAACUUAAGCCUUGUGACCACAAAGGGAAGCUAUUGUGCCUUGUUACUUGGUUCCAGUGACUGAUUGUGGUUUUAGCAUCUUCCACGGCAGACUUCUUACAUUCACCUCUUUGGUUUAUUAUCUUAAUCUUCAGUUUGAGGCAUAUAUAUAUGUGUGUUUAUAUGCUCACACCUGGGCUGAGAAACCAGCUAACAUUCUAAGUGACCUACAGGGUAUAUGUUGGCAAAAAGUAGUUGUGUAUACGUCUUAUAAGAUUGCAUUUGUGUUCAGUGUGUUUGGGAUUGUAUAGCAUGUACGUUAUUACAUACAUUGUUUAAAGGUAAUUAAAUGUUCAUGUUUUACAUUGAA